AUGAGUUGGAUGAAGAUAAGCAGCAGCAGCCGUCGCGCCGUACCAACCGCCCCUACCACUGCCGGGGUCGCCAUCGCCGCCGCUGCCGUGACUGGAGGAGCCGCCGCCGCCGCUGCCGGGACAGCCGCAGCCGUCGCCGCCGCUGCCGUGACUGCAGAAGCCGCCGCUGGCGUGACAGCCACAGCCGCCGCUGCCGUGAUAGCCGCAGCCGUCGCCGCCGCUCCCGUGACAGACGCCGCCGCGGUUGCCGGGGCCGCGGCCGCCGUCGUCGCCAGCACCAGGAGCCGUCGCUGCCGCCCUGUCGCGGCCCUGUCCCUGCCGGCGCGCCUCGGCUCUACCUCUGACCCACCACUUGCGGACCUCUACCCACCCGCCCUGUGCAAUAGGAAAGACGGUCUCUCACUGUUCGAUCUUACGUCUGGCGCCUCUACUGCCCCUACUGCCGAUGCUGACAACACUGUUCGCUCACAAUGGGCCACACGCGAUGCUGCUGCCCGUCUUGCUGUGCGUAGUCACCUGCCGUCCACUGAGCGCGCGCACUUUAGUCAGUACAAGAGUGCUAAGACCUUGUACGACGCUGUAGUUGCGCGCUACUCUUCCCCUGCCACUGCUGCCCUUAGUCGACUCAUGCUGCCGUACCUGUUCCCUGACCUCGCCGCCUUUCCCACAGUCGCUGACCUCAUUACGCACCUUCGCACUAGUGACACCCGCUACCGCGCUGCGCUUCCUGCUAAGUUCUGCGCCAUGAACCCCCCCCCCAUGUACAUCACCCUCUACUACAUCGUCACCCGGCUCCCUGACUCCCUUGGCUCGGUCAAGGACCACUUCCUCUCAGUUUGCCCCACCACACUCACCGUUGACCUCCUCGAGGAGCGCCUCCUGGCAGCUGAGCAGAAAAUAGUCGCUGUAGGAGCCUCUCGUGGUGAACAUCGUGCCCCCUUCUUUGAGGGGUGCUCCCCCUCCCCCCUUUUGCCCUCUGUUGCCUCUGCUACUACCGUCGACUUUGUUGCCACCGAGUCGGUCGGCGCUGCGUCUGCCCCUAGCGGAAGACUCCGCACCGGCAAGGGCAAAGGGGGCAAGGGCGCUGGAGGGGCUGGCGGGGGCGGUGGAGCGGGGUCGGGGUGCUGGUCCCUGUGCCUACGUCCUGCGUACCGGCGACCGCACUGGUCGGGGGUUGCUAUCUUUGAUCUUGAUUAUGAUGCUAUUCUUGCUGCCAUGUAUGUUGUGUCUACUAGUGAUGAGGGUGACUGUUACCUGUGUGUUCCGCCUAACCCGGGCACUGAGGCUGCUGCUCUAGGUGCUGGUGAGGCUGCUGCUCUAGGUGCUAGUGCGUCUGCUGCCCCAGGUGCUGGUGAGUCUGCUCUCUCAGGUACCACAUCGGCUCAUUCCUUACACACCUUCACCCUUGAGUCGGGUGCUUCCUGCUCCUUCUUUCAAGACCGCACCACGAUUACGCUGCUUAGUCGGCCAGUUGCAGUCUCCCUAGCGGACCCCUCUGGGGGUUGA